ACACACACAUCAGCCAUGGCCGAUGCAGAGAGGAAGAAGAACAACAAGAAAAGUGCAACUGUGUUUGGUUACCCAAUCAGCAUCUUCUUCAUUGUGGUUAACGAGUUCUGCGAGCGUUUCUCCUACUAUGGAAUGCGAACUGUGCUGGUGCUGUACUUCAAGUACUUCCUGCGGUGGGAUGAUGACUUUGCCACCACUAUCUACCAUACCUUUGUGGCUCUGUGCUACUUGACACCAAUCCUGGGCGCCAUUAUAGCCGACUCAUGGCUUGGCAAGUUCAAGACAAUAGUGUACCUGUCCAUCGUUUAUGCAGUGGGUCAGAUCAUCAUGGCAGUAAGUGCCAUCCAUGACAUCACUGACACAAACAGGGACGGAACACCUGACAACUUGACCUUCCACAUAUCUCUGGCCAUGGUGGGCUUACUGCUCAUCGCUCUGGGAACAGGAGGCAUCAAACCGUGCGUAGCUGCUUUUGGUGGGGACCAGUUUCAAGAUCACCAGGAGAAGCAGAGAAGCACCUUCUUCUCCAUCUUCUACCUGUCGAUUAAUGCCGGAAGUUUGCUGUCCACCAUCAUCACGCCCAUCCUCAGAGCUCAGGAGUGCGGUAUUCACAGCCAGCAGAAGUGCUACCCGCUGGCCUUUGGUGUCCCCGCUGCUCUCAUGGUGGUUGCAUUGCUUGUGUUCAUUUUUGGGAGCAGAAUGUACAUUAAAAACGACCCUCAAGGCAACAUCUUAGUCAAAGUCUGCAGGUGCAUCGGGUGCGCUAUCAAGAACCGCUUUAGGAACCGUGGUGAGAAGAAACCUCACUGGAUGGACUGGGCCGAGGAAAAAUAUGACAAACUUCUGAUUGCCCAGGUGAAGAUGGUAUUGAAGGUGCUGUUCCUCUACAUCCCUCUGCCCAUGUUCUGGGCCCUCUUUGACCAGCAGGGCUCAAGAUGGACACUCCAGGCCACCAACAUGAAUGGAAACUUUGGAUUUAUGACCAUCUAUCCUGAUCAAAUGCAGACUGUCAACCCCAUUUUGAUUCUGAUUUUGGUGCCGAUCAUGGAUGCUCUAGUGUAUCCGCUGAUUACAAAGUGCAAACUAAACUUCACUCCGCUGAAGAGGAUGACGGUAGGGAUGUUUCUGGCUGCUCUCGCUUUCGUCGCUGCUGCCCUGGUCCAGAUCCAGAUUGAUAAAACCUUGCCAACUUUCCCAUCAAGCAAACAAAGCCAAGUGAAGUUCAUCAACAUGGACAAUCAAACAAUGGACAUCACUGCUGGAACUAAUUCUUUACGUCUGGCUCCUUUCGAGACUAGUCAGGAUUACUUGACUUUUGAUACCCAAUUUGAAGUCAAGCUGGGGUCUAAUUCCUCCUAUGUAGGGCCUAUUCCAAAUGGUACUAGGUAUACCGCAGUCAUCGUUAAGGAGGGGCCCCUACCCAAGCCUAUAUGGUCUGAUGACCUUAAGACAAAACCGGAACAAGGUGCUAAUGCUAUAAGGUUUUUUAACGGUUUCAGCUCAGGGUUGAAUAUAACAAUGGGCAGUUUGGACUACGGCCACGUCAUCAUCAACAACAUGUCAGAAUACAAACUCGUAUCCAAUGGAAAUGCACAGUUUAUUAUCCAGAACAUGACGGGAGGGCAAUGUACGCUUCCCCAAAGCUUUGGCUUCGGCAGCUCCUACACCUUACUGAUCCCAUCAACUUUCACAUUUGGACAAGAUUGCCACUCGAGCAUCAUAUCAGUGAUGGAUAUUGGGGCUAACACCUUCCACAUGGCCUGGCAGAUUCCUCAGUAUUUCCUCAUCACUGCAGGAGAGGUGGUCUUCUCCGUUACUGGCCUGGAGUUCUCCUACUCGCAGGCACCCAGCAACAUGAAGUCUGUACUGCAGGCCGGUUGGCUGCUAACGGUCGCUGUCGGUAACAUAAUUGUGCUUAUCGUCUCCGAGGCUGCAACACUCCCUGAUCAGUGGGCCGAGUACAUCCUCUUUGCAUCUCUGCUGGUAGUCGUGUGCAUCAUCUUCGCUGUCCAGGCCUACUUCUACACCUACACUGACCCGAUCAAAAUUGAAGCUCAAUUUGCCCAGAAGGAGCCAGAAGAGAAGGAAAAGAAGCAAACUCUGGACACGGUGAAGGAAAAUCUGUAUGAAAACAGUAUUGAUUCGGACUCCAGCUCUGACGAGGAAGAAAGGCAGACCAAGAUCUAGAGAAGACACUUUUCUCUGACUUUCACAAACGCUGCUUGAUUUUAUGUUUCAUGAGUGACACAGCCUGUGACAUUUAGUACUUUGAUCACCUUAAGUUUUUUUUUUUUUAAAUUAUUGAGAAUGAGAUCAAAGUAAAACAUCAUGAGUCGGACACAAAAAUCAGGCUUGGAUGAUUCAGCUCUUGGCAGAUGGUGUUAUGGGG